AUGGAUAGGAUUAAAGAGGGGAACGAAAGUAGCCGAACUCGGCAUUCGGUUGUGGCGCUAGCAAUCAAAGGGAACAAGAAAAGCAAGUAUGUGGUACAAUGGACACUUAACAAGUUUGUGCCUGAGGGAAUGAUUAUCUUCAAGUUGAUUCAUGUUCAUGCUGGUAUAACCGGGGUUCCUACACCAAUGGGUAAUUAUCUCCCAAUUUCACAAGUGCGUAAUGAUGUAGCGGCUGCUUACAAAAAGGAAAUGGAGUGGAAGACACAUCAAAUGCUUCUACCUUUUAAGAAAAUGUGCGAGCAAAGAAAGGUUCAUGUAGAUCUUGUAGUAAUUGAAUCGGAUGAUGUGGCAUCCGCCGUGGCAGAGGAAGUAACUAAGGACGCGAUAACCAAGUUAGUCGUCGGAGCUUCAUCUGGCGGCUUAUUCAAAAGUAAACAUAAGGGUAUGUCUGCAAAAAUUUCGGCAUGUACUCCGAGAUAUUGUACGGUAUAUGCUGUUUCGAAAGGAAAUCUGUCCAUACGGCCGUCAGAUAUGCAGAUUGAUGAAAGCAUUACCGAUGACACGAGUGAAAUCAGUUUUUCCUCGAGCAGCUCAUCGAACUACACUUCUACCACUCAGACAGAUUCUGGCUCGGUUGCAUCGUAUGCUGCUUUACAUUCCUCUUCUUUGGCAACACAACGAUUUCAAGCUCUUUCAAGUUUGAAUCAGACACUUCUAAACACAACUCCGGGUUCGAAUGAAAUUAUUCAUUCUAGAGGCCAGUCCAUUGAUCUUGGAAGAGAGAAUGUUGCUACGAGUUCUGCUAGAAAUUCAGAUUUUGGUCGCGCUUUGAGCCGGGCCUCUAGUUACAGAAGCGUUGCUUCAGAUACUGAAUCGUGGGUCACUGGUCAAAAUUCUGUUAAGGGCUCGCCACUAGCCUCUAGACUUUCGUCGCCUAAUAGACAGGAAAAUUUUAACCUUGAACUGGAAAAGUUGAGAAUUGAACUAAGACAUGCCCAGGGAAUGCAUGCGGUAGCUCAAACCGAGAACAUCGAUGCAUCACGCAAGCUAAGUGAAUUAAGCAAGAGGAGAUCAGGAGAGUCCAUGAAAAUGAAGGAGAUUAUUGCUAAGGAGGAGUUGGCUAAGGAAUUAGCAAGACAAGAAAUGGAGAAAUACGAAGCUGCGGCAAGAGAAGCUGCGUAUUUGAAAGAGUCUGUCGAACGAGAAGCUUCAGAAAGAAAAGAAACAGAAUUGAAAGCUAUCCGUGCUGCAAAAGAGAAAGAAAAGCUAGAGGAUGCUCUAAGUGGUUCGACGCCUCAGUACCGAAAGUUUACGUGGGACGAAAUAGUUUUAGCUACUUCGUCUUUCUCUGAAGACUUGAGAAUCGGAAUGGGUGCGUACGGAAUGGUGUAUAAGUGCACUUUGCAUCACACAACUGUCGCUGUUAAAGUUCUCCACUCGGCCGGAAUCAGCCAAAGCAAGCAAUUCCAGCAGGAGUUAGAGAUAUUGAGCAGAAUUCGUCAUCCAAACUUGCUUCUUCUUCUCGGUGCAUGUCCCGAUCACGGAUGCCUUGUGUACGAAUACAUGGAGAACGGUAGCUUGGAGGAUAGACUAUUUCAGAAAAACAGUACCACCGCAAUCCCGUGGUUUGAUAGGUUUCGAAUCGCUUGGGAAAUCGCGUCAGCUCUUUCCUUUCUUCACAGCUCAAAGCCGCAACCUAUCAUCCACCGCGACUUGAAACCAGCAAACAUCUUGCUUGGUGGUAACCUUGUCAGCAAGAUUGGCGAUAUCGGUCUUUCAACAAUCCUCGACUCAGAUGAUUUAUCUACGAUGUAUAAAGACACGGCGCCUGUCGGAACACUCAGCUACAUCGAUCCUGAGUAUCAAAGGAGCGGUUUAAUAUCUACGAAAUCCGAUGUUUAUGCUUUCGGAUUAGUGAUGUUACAGCUGUUGACAGCAAAACCAGCGACAGCGCUCACUCACGUGGUUGAAACAGCAAUAGAAGGCGGUAACUUAACCGAUAUAUUGGAUCCAAAAGCAGGAUCAUGGCCAUUUCAAGAGACAUUAGACUUGGCUCGACUAGCAUUAAGUUGCGCUGAGCUUCGACGUAGAGACCGACCAGAUUUGUUAGAACAUGUGCUUCCCGCGCUGGAGAAGCUGAAAGAAGUUGCUGAUAAAGCUCAUCAUUCUUCUUCAAUGGUUACUAUUAAACCUAAACCUCCAAACCAUUUCAUCUGUCCUAUACUUCAGGAUGUGAUGGACGAUCCCUGCGUUGCUGCAGACGGAUACACGUAUGACCGAAAAGCGAUUGAAAAAUGGCUUGAAGAGAAUGAGAAAUCACCAAUGACAAACAUGGCUUUGCCUCAUAAGUUUUUAAUUCCUAAUUACACACUUUUAUCAGCAAUUUUGGAGUGGAAGUCCAAAGAAAUAUGA